CUGUUGGAGAUUUAGAGAUAUGUGUCAAACGAAAACCGAAUAGCAGUUUUGGGGAGUUGAAGAGGGGAGAUUUUUUAGUUUUGAGAAAAAGGGGGGAUCCAAUUUUACACCGUGGAGAAUUUGGCUAGGAACGUGCCAGACCGGGGACACAGCGGCUCCGACCCACCGCCGUGAAGAAGAGGAAAAAAAGAGGGACGUCCACCAAUCAAAAGCAGCCAAACGGGCGGAAGUACUAAGACGGACACACGCAUCAACCAAUGAAAGGCCAGCCUGGGUAGGCAGAUGUUUGGUGUUUACCAAUGACAACAAUAAUAAAAAUAGCCGUAGAAAAUGGAGCUUGGUUGCACUGCAGGAUGACACGCAGAUGGACGGAGAGACGUAAAACCGGGAGUAGUGUGCCCAAGGAGCUGAUUUCAGAACUUUUAGUGGAGGGUUAAAACAUAAAUGAUGCUUAAGCUUAAAUGUUUAGGUGAAAUAUCGGAGUCUGUUACAGUUAUUCGUCUGGUUAUCUCUGCAUAUUCCUCUUAAUCAUACACAUACACUAGCUCAUUUUAUAAAACAAACAUAUUUAGUGCUUGCAAUAUUCUGACAAGGCAAGUGGUAAAAUAACUUUCGUUCAUGUAGCCAUCUUGUUUCCGCCUCCAGUUUUGCUUUUUUCUGACUUGGUAACCGAAACGCUAGUAACUCAGGUGUGACAUCAUUUUCAGCACCACUCCGCAAACAGCACACCCUGGUGACGGGCUGCAGUAUAGGUCAUAAAUCCCACUUCCCGCAGCAAAGCUCACGGAGCUGUGGACAAAUUUUAGAAAUUUAUUACACAGAGUAUAAAUUUCCCUGCUCACGAUGUUGACAUGUUUGUAAGACUAGUUUGUGUUCAAGUCCUCUUUUUUUCUGUGCCGCUCCAUUUUUAAAAGUUAUUAGGGGGUUCAUGUUUUCUAUGAUUGACACUUGAUACGGCCUAUGUGCGUACGUAGAUUGUGUAGCUCACCCGGGGGAUAUGUUGUUUGAGUCGAGCGUCAUCACAGCCACUCUCUGCGACUCUCUCGCCGGAUAGGUACAAUGCUACUGCGCAAGUGGUGGAGUGUGCACAAUGUUGGUUUCAGGAAGUGGAGAAAAAAACGCAGAAUUACCAAGAGUUUUUUGGCUUCAAAUCUGUAUACUGGCGGAAGGUGGAACCAAGUUGUCGAUAGUAUAUACAGUCUAUGGCCAUGACCCUUUGCUGCAUGUCACCCCGCAUUCUCCUCUUCCCAGAUCCCUGUCCUUGUUCAACUGCUCUAUCAAGAAAAAGUUUUUAAAAAAUAAUAAUGGAAAAAAUCCUCAACUCAAACAAAUAAAUAACAUUUCAUGUCAGGAAUCAAGACUGUAUCAUCAUCACCCCAGCCAUCAUCUUCAUCCUCCACCACUGUGACAAGGACAUCAGCAUGGACUGUGUUGUUAGGUCAACCCAGCUGAAUGAAAGGAUCGUGAAACACAAGCUGCCAGCAGCUGCUGCAGACUGGGUACAAAAUUGCAACACAAGCGUGAAGCUGUAUUUCAUGUACUGGGACAUGACCAACUGCCUGAAGUCACCUACUGAAACUUUAGAGGAGUAUAACUUUGUGGUGAAAGACAUUCACAAAAAAUAUGAAAAGAAAAUCACAUCUUGUCCUGAUUCAAACCCAAAGGGUGGCAGAUCAGAUAUGAAGCAGGACUUGAAUGAACAGAGACCUCUGCUGGGGGAAGAGGAGAUAUGCUGCAGUACCUCAUCCAGCCAGCAGGAUUGCACAGUCUUCACCACGAUGAGUUGCAAUCAGCUAGGGCUAAGGCUUACCAGCUUCUGAUGACCUUUAGUGCUACUUAUGGGAAGCUGUCACAGUUGUCACAUCACCACCUAAGACCCCAGAGAAAUCACUGCAGCUUUGCCCCUCUUUGCUUUUGUCAGUACAUAAAAAAACAUCCUUCAGUCACAGAUCUGACUGAUCAGAUUACAGGACUUUUAGACUCUUAUUCUACAAACAUUCUCAUGAUAAAGGAACAUGGGGUAAACAUGGCUUGUGUUACAUGUUUAAACCCAUUCUGAUAACCUGUUUAACGCUCUGCACGUAUUGUUUCACUGUUUUUCAGUCCUUUUGUACCUCUGCUUCUGUUUGCAUGCCAACUCUGUGUUUACUCCUCCUGGAUCUAUUUGAUCCAAAAGCUGUCACCCUGGGAACAUGCUGAAGUCUAUUCCUGCUGCUGUAACACAAUAUAUUUGUACAUCUUGUACAUAGGACAAUCACCGCCUUAGUAACUGCCAUUAUAAAAAGAACUAUACCAGUGGAAAAAUAAGAGUCAGACUAUAUGAUGCAGUUUGAGUUAAAAAUGCUAAAAAAGAACAUCUAGUUUAAUUUUGUUGUUUAUUAUGCGAGACACUGCUAUAGCUGUAAACAAAACUGUGUUAUAAUCACUCUUUUUACCAUAGACUGUACAUACUAUGGACAACUUGGUUCCACCGUAUGUCGCAGUACAGUGUUGUUUUCGUUGACUAUCGUUGAAUAUUUCGUCAACGCCCUUUUUUUUUCAUGACGAAGACGUGACGUUUACGAGCUAAACAUACGUCUUAGAUGACUAAAAUGUGACGAGAUGAAUGUGCGUUUAUGUUGACGAGAUUAGACGAAAAUGUUAGUGGUGGACGAUGAACAGAGUUGCAAAAUUCAUGAGCAUUUCGUCAGUCAAAUGCUAAACAUAUAUUCUGCAGUGUUGUUUUUGUUGACGGUGAGGUUGAUGAAAACAACACAGCGCAGUAUACAGAAGAUUUGAAGUCGAAAAGCUCUCUGUAAUUCUGCGUUUUCUCUCCACUUCCUGAAACCAACAUUGCGCAGUAGUGUUGUAUGCACUCCACCACUUGCACAGUAGAUUGUGCGUAAUUGGUGGGAGAGUCGCUUAGAGCUGCUGUGAUGAUGCUCAGCUCAAACAGCAUGAUGUAAUGUAUGUAUGUAAUCUUCGUACGCCCAUUGGCUGUAUCAAGUGUCAAUCAUAGAAAACAUGAACCCCCAAAUAACUUUUAAAAAUGAAGCUGUACAGAAAAAAAGAGGACUUGAACACAAACCAUCGCAAGCGGGGGAAAAAAAUAUGUUCUGUGUAAUCCAUUUCUAAAUUUUGUCCACAACCCCAUAGGGAUUGCUGGAGGAGGCGGGAUUUAUGACCUAUACUGCAGCCCGUCACCAGAGGGUGCUGUUGUGGCGUGGAGGCAGACGGCGUCCAUUCUAUAUACAGUCUAUGCUUUUUACUGAAUCCGGCUCCGUGCAGAAAUGAUCCGGUCCGUGUCUUCUGUCCAACUUCUGAGUUUACUUUCUGAAGUACAGCAGUAACCACGCUGUGAGCGUAGAGUGUGUGUCUGUGUGUCUGUGUGUCUAAGUGUGGAGGUCGAGUCGAGUUAAAUAUUGGAGGGGAAAACACUCACACAGACAGACUUUACGGUAUCCCCUCACAAACCAGGAUCCACGAGCUGUCAUGGUCCUGCAGUCAGAGCAUGCGCGUUCAUUAACGCUGCAUCAAUAUUCAAGAAACAUGCUGCAUCCAAGUAGCCCAUGCGCCAUGACCCACGUGCUUCCACACUAUGACGUAAUCAUAUCAGUGGAGUUACAUUCAAAAUAAACACUGAGCACUCAGGAUGAUAAUUGGUGUAAAGUACUACUCUCUACCAGAGCAGUGGACAAAGCCCAGCAUUUAUCCAAUGAGCGUCUAGUUUCGCUGCUGGAACAACCCACUUUGAGCUUCCACAUUGAAGUCAGCAGAAGCUGAGCGUCCGACUGUGUGAAGCGCUGAGGCGCUGCGAGGAUGAAUGAGAACGAAGUUUAGAGCUGUGAUUAUUAGCUUCUUAUCACAGUGUGAUAAGAAGCUGAUUCUGAACAAAAGAUGAAGGCUUUCUAGCGCGUAUUUAGUUAAUGAAAUGUACACACAGCAGUACGUAUUUCACCACCUUUUUCUUUUUUUUUUUUUUUUUGGGGGGGGGGGGGGGGGGGGCAUUUUAAGGGAAGCUGAGCUUCCCUUGCAGCCUUACAGCAAUCGCCACUGGUAUAUACACAUAUUUUGUUAAACCCUGGGAUAACUACUACAACUUCCAAUCUGAAGUUGAAAGACAUUUCUGAGUACUAGUACUAGUACUAGUACUCAAUACUAGUACUGGGUACUAGUGUCCUUGAAAAAUACAAUUCAAAUAAAAGAUAAAAGCUUCAUAAAGGCUACAGUGUAGAACAUUGAAUUUCCCUUUAGGGAUUAAUUAAGUUCUUCUAAGAAAAUUUAAACUCUAAUUUUCUAGACCGUAAAUAAAACUACAGAUGUAAAGAUUUAGUUCUGUAGAAAUGGAGGAGCUACUCUCUGAGUCAGCAGUUUGUUUUGAUCUAAAAAUUUUGUUAUCUUAUUGUUUUUAACCCUGUUCACUGUGACACUUGUAUCGACUGAUAGCAGUUGAAUUUGUUGUCCUCUCUUCAGAAUAUGUGUUGUCACGUUAGCUCACACUCACCCGAUCCUCCAGGACGGACGAACAAUCAAAAGCAUCAACUACCAGAUCAGUAACGGCUGCAGUCGGCUGAAAAAUAAAGUUUCUGGAAAGUCCAAGAGGGUAAAUUCAUCUAAAGUUUUGACCCCAUAGAAAGAUGUAUUCAGUUCUACAUUUGUAAACCUUUUAUGUUUUUCACACCUGUGAGUUUUCUGCUUUUUAACCUUCUCUGUACCCAUUACAGGGCGGUCAGUUCCUCACUGAUUACGCACCUCUGUGUAGGAUAACAUGCACAGAUGAAACUGAGUACACGAUCUACAGGUGAGGCAGCAGUUUUUGGUCCAGUUUUAUGUUCUAUAUGUUUGUGACUCCUCCUCAAUAACGUGUGUUACAUUCAUAGCUGCAUCCGGGGCCGGUUACUCGAGGUCAAUGAGAGUAUUUUGGAAACACCUUCACUCCUGCUGGAAAAGGUAAAGAGGAUGUUUUUGCCCUGCAUUUAUCAAAGUCAUGUGCAUAUGCGUUUAUGUCCAUCUGUGAAUUCACAUUCUGUACCUGAUUAUUUGACAUGAAAUACUUUGUGUAACUCAUAAAUAAUGUUAGUUUUUGUCAUUAAUAACUGUAGUGUUGGUUUAUUGGAGUUUCACUUUGUCAGAUAAUUGAAAGUGUGAAAGUGUUUUUAUGUUUAAAUCCAAACAGCCAUCCACUGAAGGAUACAUCGCUGUCAUCCUGCCUAAGUUCGAGGAGAGCAAAAGUAUCACAGAGAACCUCCUGAGCAGAGACCAGUUUGAGAGCCUGGUCUCUAAACGUACUCUCCCUCAAACACAGCCCUUCUGACAGAGUUUGGGGUUGUGCCUUGUCUAAGUUUGGACUUUUCCAG